AUGACCCCGAGGGGCAGGGCCCGGUGGCUGCCUUCAGCUCUGCUGCUGCUCCAGGUCCCAGGCUGUUUGUCCCUGAGUGGUCCCCAAACUGUGACAGGCAUCGUGGGGGGAUCCCUGAGCGUGGAGUGUCAGUACCAGGAGGCAUUGGUAGACAACAUCAAAUACUGGUGCAAACACCCGUGUGUGUCACCAUGGAAGAUUGUGGAGACCAGAGAGUCAGAGAGAAAAGUGAGGAGGGGCCGCGUGUCCAUCAGAGACCGUCCUGCGAGCCUCACCUUCACAGUGACCUUGAAGAGCCUCAGAGAGGAGGAUGCGGGAACGUACGGAUGUGGGAUCUAUGUACCGUUUUCAGUUGACCCCACCUUCCAGGUGGAGGUGUCUGUGAUCCCAGUCACUAUGACAACCACCAGCCCCAAGAGGUCCACAAGCACCUCGGAGGCUCCCACGACCCUGCCAGUGCCCACCUGGAGCACCGUGUCUGGGCCGGAGGCCCCUGAUCCCGGCCAAGCUCAUCGGCCCCUGCUGGGCAGCAUCCACUUCCUGCUCCUGGUCUUCCUGAAGGUGCCUCUGCUCCUGGGCCUGAUCAGUGCCGUCCUCUGGGUCAACAGGCCUCUGAGGAGCUCUGCAGACAGGCGGAGUCGGUCCGUUUAUGAGAACCAGUAG